AUGGGGACCACCCGUCGAUAUCUGGGAUCUGGUUGCUGUCUUACUCUAGGUCCUAGAUGCGGUGCGAAUGUUCGAUGGUCGAGCAAAACGAACUGGACGCAUAUUCCAAACCAAGCAUCAUCUCGAAGAAAUAGUGGCCCUUUUUGGACCAUUCCCUCCUCAUCUGCUAGCGCAAGGGGACCCAAAGCGCAAAACUGGAUUGAGAGUCUGACGGGAAAUGACAAGGCGGAGUUCGUUACGUUGUUGAGGAGCAUGAUGAAGGUCGACCCUGAUGAUCGCCAGACAGCAAAAGAAUUACUCGGGGAGGCGUGGGUUACCGUUCAACACCCUACUAGGUAA